AUGGUUCGCUGUUUGUCUCUAGUCUUUUGGUUUACGAUAACAGCCUCUAUGGCAUGGUGUCAAACCGUACAGGACAGCUGGACUGCUCCCGCAACUCCUGAUGGAUCUACAAGUUUGCAAAGCGGUGCUCCAUUCACCAUUCGUUGGAAAUCAGAACUGCAAGAAGCUUUCAGUAUGUACUGUACUUCAUGCGACGUCAAGAAGCUCGAUCUCUGGGUUACAAGUUUUGAAGAUGCUAGUUACAACUUCAAGAUCGCUGGUAGCAUCGACAUCACCACUGACUCAUCAUACCAGUGGGAUGUAAACAUACCAUCUGCAGCACUAGCAGCAAAUGAUUAUUGGGUAUUGCGCUUCACACCUGCUGGCGCACCAGUUGGGCCGGACGAUCCGUAUCCAGAGCAGAUUUCGUCUUCAGGAUUCUACAUCAAUGGCCCCCCGCAACCAUCUACUAUUACGAAUACAGUCACAGCCGAGCUGAGCAGCUCUUCAGGGUCCGCAUCAGCAUCAUCGACCGUUCCGAGCAACGCAAUGGCAAGCGCGACCUCAUCCGCAACAGCGACCAAUACACCCUUACCUCAAGAUUCGAAUUCUUGGAACAAAACCUGGAUCGCUGGCGCAGUUUUAGGGCCGAUUGUUGGCUUAGCACUACUUGCAGUGCUAUUGUGGUCCCUAUCAAAAAGGAGACAGAAGAAUGACAGAAUGCGAUAUACUGGAGCCGAUUCAGGACAAGACGAACAUCCUUUCCAGCCUACAGGUCUCACGUAUCAAGACGGAAAAUCCGAGCACACCCAGACGAAUGCGUACCCUCUACAGGUCUUUGAAAUGGCCGAUGAUUGGCACCACCAAACGGAAAGCUGCGGUCAAAGUCCUGCAGAGAUGCCAGGUAAUACUUCUGAGUACGGGCCUUCAGAGCUCUAUUCAGGAAAUCAUACGUCGAAGCCGUAG